AUGUUAAGGAUUUGUCAGAAUUCGGAGGCCGAUACAGACAACAGAGUCCUCACUAAAGACACAGUAUAUUUCAGGAAUAUGGAAAACAUCAAAAUCACGGACGGGCAGUGGCACGUGAAGGUUGGAAAAAGAUGGCACAUGAGGUCCAAUUUUGUGUUCAGCAUCUUGUAUGAGGUUGCCCACCCACAAGAUUCCAUUUAUGUGGUGGAUGUCACAACAGACAAUGGGCAAAAAGGCCCUACUCAAAUCCUUGACCUUGCCACAGGGUCUUUGAUUCAUCCCAUGGACUGUAGUCUCAUAUGGCUGAGAGGUGACCUCUGCCAGCUGAAGGGCCCAAAGCUGGAUUUGGCCCACCUCAUCCAGGUCCCCACUGGAUUAGAAGCUCUGCAUGAGUUCCUUGGCAGGGCUGAAGACAUUCUGCACGAGAACAUAGGGCCAGCCAUUCUUUCCUGGGCAUCAAUGUAUGGGCUAAACCUGUACACCAAGUGGAUGGAGGAACUCCGGCAUUUCAACUUGCCCGUCCUGUAUGGGCCUCCAACGGCAGGAAAGACUUUGAUUGCACAGUGUGCGGCCUGGCUGAAUGGAUGCAGUGAGCUGCAUAUUGCUUCAAGAUGUACAUUGGCAUUUGUAACAUCCUGGCUCACAUCAAGUAGUCUGCCCUUUGUGUGGGAUGAUCCAACAUCCACUGACGAGGUUUCGCAGUUGGCCAUUGAUCUUGGCAAUGGGGCUGUGCGAGGGAAGGCCAAUGACGAAACCAGGAAGCCGCUUACUGGUUGUCUUGUGACGGCAAACUUUGAUUUGAGUGCUGCAUAUAAGUACUUCAGCAGAUUGUUUGUGAUGAAGAUAGAGAAGACAAAACACCAGAAGAACACUGGGGAUGCUAGAGUCCUUGAAGAUGCUGCCAGGGAUGCCUCUUCAGCCCUCCCAGUGGUAUUGUGCAGUCUCAACUCAGUGAGAGCUGCUGAUGUUAACAAAGAGGUGGCGAACCUGCGGUCUCUUCUAAAGAUGGACAUCAGGAUCCUUGAAGGAAUUGCCCUGCCAAUGGUCCUAGCAAGGAUGCUCCUAAAUGCUGCUCAGCGGUAUGAUCUGAUGAAGACUGUCCUCAGCUACAUCAAAGAGGUCCUCAUCCCAUAUUAUCAGGAGAGUCUGAUGCCUACCUGCGCAGAGGUCACCAGGGCAGAAACCAUGACAUUGGGGGAUUCUGCAUUUUCAACCAUUUUAGAAGUGUGCAACUCCCAGCAUGAGGAUCAGGUGGCAACGAUAGUUACUAACUCCCAUGUGGCAGUCAGGGCAGACCAGGUGAAGCAGAAAACUGUGAGGGAGGAAGUGGUCAAGCUUGGGGGGAAAACAAACCACAGUGUCAGGCUGAAUGGAAAACCAAAGAAGUGCCUUUUCCUUCCAAAGAGGGUCAUGUCAACUGAGCAGUGGAAGACUGUGGCAGCUGCCAUACUAAGAGAAGCUCUGACCACUCCAGAUGAUGCAACAGAAGAGAUGGAAUUGACCACCCCAACUGGUUUAAAAACUUCUGCAGCUUCUAAAGAUCCAUCAUCCCUUAGAGAAGAAACCAUAGAUGAGCCAUCUGCCUUUGCUCCCUCUGGACUACCGGCUCUUCAGGCAGAGGAACAAAUGGAACUAAAUAUCCUUGAAUCUGCAACCCCUUGUGGCACUGAAACCCUUUGGUCCUUGGCCUGUGCACCAAAGUCCUCCCCAGCUCUAACAAAUCCACCAGCUCUUCAUACAGAUGAUGAGAUGGAGGUAUCUUCCCCAACUGUACCAGACACACCUGCAGCCCUCCCAACUCCAUCAUCUGUAGAGGCAACAGAGGAACAAGACAACACCCCACCAGUUCCAACAACUUGUGAUGCAGUCCCAACUUGCAAACCAUCUCCACAGCUACCCUUUCCAGUCAGGAAAUCCCAAUCAGAGACAGAGACAUGCUUCAAAUGCAAGAAAGUGGGCAGCAAAUACUUGCAUUGGAUUGGGUGUGACUCCUGUGGGAAAUGGUUUCAUCGAAAAUGCACCAGUAUGACCAACAAGGAGUAUUUCCAGCUGAAGGAAGACUCAGUGUGGCAUUGUGCAGCAUGCAAACCUGACAGCUAA